AUGUUUUCAUCACUCUCCGAACAAUUUAAAGGAUUUAAUGCAAGAGAAUUUUUGAGUCAGAUUGUUUCUCUUGCUUUUGUGCUGUGUAGUGCACUGAUUAUUUGGAAAUCCUUAUCAAUUUAUACAAAUUGUCAAUCUCCGAUUGUUGUUGUUUUGACUGGUAGUAUGGAACCUGCUUUUUAUAGAGGGGAUAUUUUGUUUCUUUCAUUGAGCUCGGAUCCUGUUCAUAUUGGAGACAUUGUUGUUUACAAGUUGGAGGGAAAGGAAAUUCCAAUAGUACACAGAGUGAUCCGAUUGCACAAUACUCACAAUCAAACUAAUUUAUUUGAAGGAAAGGAGGAUGAAAAUGUAAAAAUUUUGACAAAGGGAGAUCACAACCCACACGAUGAUAGAUAUGGAAUUUAUAAUCCAGGAUUGCAGUGGUUGAAUAGAGGACACAUUGUCGGAAGAGUGAAGUCUAUUUUACCAUAUGUUGGUAUGGUGACAAUUAUUAUGAAUGAUUAUCCAUCUGUUAAAUACGUAGUUGUUGGUGUUUUAAUAUUAUUGGUCCUUACAAACAAGGAAUAA